GCUCCAGCAAGUGGUGCUGUUGAAUCCACGAUCGUAAGAUUCAAUGGAACGCUCGACUUUCCUUCUAUCUAUCGUGGCCCUCCUUCCCCAGAAAUUGAUGCUGCUUGGGCUAGGAUAGCUCACGAUGUGCUGCCAACUCGGAUGUCACUUGAGGAAAUUCUCAAAGCCGGCGAAGUAGACUCACCUUCCAAGGUCAAAUAUCCACCCGAAUUUGGUGGGGGCUUCAUGGUAUCUAUGGAAGCCCCUCAUCAACUCCAUUGUCUGAAUUUACUUCGCAAGGCCUCAUGGUCUGAGUAUUACGGACUCACGGAUAUUUCGUUCCAGGACUCACCCGAAGUAGUUCGCAUGCAUCUUGAUCAUUGCAUCGAAAUGAUCAGGCAGAAUCUCAUGUGCAAUGCCGACGUAACGAUGAUGACAUGGGACUGGAUUCAGGGACACAAGAUUCCAUACCCUGACUUCAACACCCGCCACCAAUGCAGGAACUAUGAGAAAAUUUUGGAUUGGGCUGUUGAGCAUGCUUUUCAUAUCCCUCGAUCAGCGGUUACUCGUUUCGAAGAUACAGUUGACAUCCCCUUGCCCCUCCAACUGAUGCACAAUGAUGUAUAG